ACUUCUACGGUGCCUUCUUCUUCUCCGGGUCUUGCUCUUGGGCGCGAUAUUGCCGCGGAGCUUCGCGAAGUCGUGGACAACCUCCUGGGAAAGAAGAAGGACGCACGUCAGGCCCUCCAGGACGAGAACGCUACUCUCCGCUCCCAGGUCUCCCUCCUCCGCUCCGCCCUCGCCAAGGCAUCCACCCAGCCUGGCUCCGAGACCAGCAUCGUGCUCGCGGCUCUCGAGGCGGAGCGCGCGCGCCGCCAGAACGCCGAAGAGAGCGGUGCUGCCACAGGACGCUACCUCGCCGAGCAGAUCGAGACAGUAUCCAAGCAGAAGAUUGCACUCGAGACCGCGCUCAACAGCUCUUCGCACGGCCGCGACUUUUGGAAGUCGAAGGCCAUCGCCGCUCUCGAGCGGUGCGAGGCACUGGAGGCGGAGAACCUGAUGGUGAAGCGGCAGCUGGGCGCGUUCUCCCGCAAGCAUGCGAUCGUGGUGGAGAAGCAGAUCAGCCACAUGUUGCUCGACAUCGCGAGGGAGAGGGAGCGUUUCAAGCUGAUGGAG